CGAACCGGAGAGGACACUCCUUCACACGCUCGUUACAUCUCGUCGGCUCAUCAGCCUCUCUAAGAAGUCAGUCCAGCAUCCGCUCACAUCGCGCGCGCGGGUACACGCAGCUCGGUGGAUGUCGCGAUAUUCUACCAACGCACACGCAUAACACGUACUCGCAUUCGUUUCGCUCGUCCGUUCUCGCCGCCUCCCACUCACGACCACUUGACCGGAGCGAUCGUCGCAUGUUCAUGGACACGGCAUUCCAAACAUUACCGACAUCUCGCUUUUCUGGAUUCUGCGAACUGUGCCUCGCCCAUCACAUUCCGAUAAAUUGUCGGCGCAUCGACAUCUCUACAAAUGGACUCCGACAUGGCACGCCCGGUGAAGAGGCGGAAAUUGGUUGAUGCAAACAUUCGCUGUCCUCUGGAUAUUCCAUGCGACAUCCAGAACGAACACACCACCUCCGAGGCUCCUGCCCUGCUACCGACCGCACACACUGGACCGUCCACCACCAGCGAUGCGGUCAUAACGACUACGAGCACCGCCGUCGAAUUGGUGCAGGUUACGAGCACUGCCCUCGUGAAUGGUGGUGCAUUGCCCGUAUUACAAUCCGCAUUGACAGCCAUCGAGAACAAUGUGACUUCAAUAGCGGAUGUUGCCAUCAGUGCAGUCACCGCAGCGAUUCCAACUGUUUCUCUUUCAAUUGAGAUCAGUAUCGGAAACACGACCACUUACGCGGCGCCCAGCGUCACACCGACAUUGACCUCAAGCUUUGCGAGUGACAAUACUACCUCAACAGCAGCGACAACAACAACCGGCUUUAGUCCUGCAACCAUCACCUCAUCUACAGGUAACUCAACUACAUCAACUGGGACGAGAGGUAAAUCGAGUCUCCCACCGCAGACCACAUCUCGACCAAAUGCCACUACCACGGCACCAGUUCUCUUUUACAUUACGCUCCCGAACGGCGAAGUCAGGACACUCACCGAAUCUCGCUCUUCGUACACAACGCUCAUCGACGGUCGGACAUACACCAUUCCAGGUCUAUCGGAUAGCACGCUAUUGCUGACCGCCACUUCUUCCGACGACGCUUUUUCAAUAGCUACAGCUACUUCUUCCGAGGCGGACUCUAAUACAGUGGAGGAGACGUCCACUCCCGUCGUAGUACCUGCCGGCGCUGGCUGGACUGGCGGCCAUGGCGGCAUUCCGGCGAACACUGGCGUCGCCACGACUAGCUCCGGCUCGCCACCUGCAAACACCAGUCCUCCGGCUCCGAUUGCGCCGCCCGGAACCAUCGCUGGCGGUGUGGUAGGUGGUGCAGCUGGUCUUGCGGUGAUCGUAUUCAUUGCUAUGCUCUUUAUGCGUUGGUACCGGCGACGUGAUCAAUUCAGCGGGCAUCAGCAUCUGCCAUCGUCGAACGGUGGAGGCAGCACCAUGUCAAGAGGCUUCCUGGAUGAUGGGCCAGACGACGGCUCAGCAGCCGGUCAGCGUUACAACAUGUCCGAGCGUGCUGGGGUUAUGCCGCUGGUCGGCGCCCUUCCCGCGCUAUUCCGUCACCCUCACCGUAGCCUGGCGUCUACCACCUCGUCGACCGGGUCACCUGCAACCUCCGAACGUGGUUUCACUCGUGUUUCUGGCCGCAAACUUCCUUCACAAUUCAGUCCGGGCAUGUCAAGUUCGGAGCCGCUUCCGCCGGCGGCGCCACCGCUCCUCCUCGACACUUCCUUCACGGCUGCGCCAGUCAUCGGUGCAACAAUCGCUGCUCCUACGAACGCCCUCCGCAAAAGCCCGACCGCUCGACCCACAGUGCCGAAGCAUAACCCUUUCUCCUCCAGUCGCGACAGCACCGGACUGCUAUCCGCCAAUGGAGAUUACGAAGACGACCACUCCGAUGCCGAGGAUCCCGCUCGCAGGAACUCAUCACUCCCCCACGGCCACGACAACCCAGCCAUCUUCCCCGGCCCGCAGCGCCAAGCCACCCUCCACGAAGGAAGUCCCUACAUCCUCACCACCCCUCACGGGAGCGAAAUUGCCUUCGCCAACGACGAGGGCGCCGAGCCGACUCUCUCACCGCGCAAUCGCCAUCCAGCCUCUCCACCGCUCCCCUCCGCUGCAGGCACCCCUUCAUCAUCGCCUUCGAAUAACCUCUCGUCCAAAGCAUCGGCCGACUCUUCCUUUUAUCGUGCAUCCCUCACCCCGACGUUGAUGUCCUCAUCCUCAUCUUACUAUGACGAUUCGCAGUCGAUGAUGACGGUCACGGCGGGAAGUCUCUCGCGCGCGGGAUCCAAUCGGACGAGUCGUUUCACGGAGGAGAUGUGAAACCGGGGGCGCCCGUCCUCGCUCCUCUUUGUCGUUCUCCGUCUCGGUGUUCUCGGUCCGACGACGAGGAGCUUUCCGACUGAGUUCCUC